AUGGGAUCCAUUCAGCACUCCUACCCGCCAGGUAUUCACGUUCCAUGCUUGACAUGGUUCAGGUCCGACGCCACUCAGUCCAUCGACUGGGAUCUACAAGAAAGGCACCUUGAAUUCCUCGUCAGCAGUGGUCUUCACGGUAUCGUGAUUGCAGGCACCAACGGUGAAGCAGCUACUUUGACGCCCGAGGAGAAGUCACGUCUAGUGAGCCUUACGAGGUCAACGGCACAAAAGCUGGGUCGGCCCAACCUCCCAAUCACCUGUGGUACAUUUGGAGGAUGCACUCAAGCCAUUAUCAAAGAUACUAAACUAGCUGCUGAAGCUGGCGCAGACUAUGUGCUAGUUCUGGUACCCUCAUACUUCCAUUUUGCCCUUGACUCGGCUGCGAUUAUCGAGUUCUUCCAGGAAGUUGCGAGGGCAUCUCCAAUUCCAAUUGUCAUCUACAAUUUCCCUGGUGUCGCUGCUGGUCUGAAUGUUAACUCAGAGAUGCUGGAGACAUUGGGUGAACAUCCCAAUAUUGCUGCCGUGAAGUUGACUUGCGGCACUAUUGCGUCGGUCGCUCGUUCAGCGGCCAAAUUUGGCCGAGCAAUGGAUGGAAAUGCUGCUUUUGUUGCGCUUGCUGGUCAAAGUGACUGGCUUGUUCCCUGUCAAAGCGUAGGCGGUGCUGGAUCAGUAACAGGUCUUGCGAAUCUGUAUCCAAAGACCCUUGUGGAGCUCUUCAAUCUGUACAAUGCAGGAGAGACAUCACAGGCUGAAAAGCUGCAGCUUCAGAUUGCCGUUGCCGAGUGGGGAUUUGGUAAAGCAGGUAUCAAUGGAACCAAAUGGGUCGUUGCCAAAUACCUGGGCUAUCCCGAAGAAAGCUCCUGGUGCCGUCGACCCUAUCCGAAAUUCCUGGAUGAGGAGAAGCGGGUCUGGGUAACGAAGCAGGUGAAGUUGACAUAUCACUUGGAAAAGAGACUUUGA